AAAACUUCCAUGUCUCAGCUCUGUUAUCCUCAAACAACAAAUCUCCAAAAAUGAAGUUAAAAAAAUUCCUCUCAAUUCCAGUAUUUUCCGCGAUUUUCUUGAUGGGUUUCGUUUAUUAUAUCACAGUUUUCAUUUUCAUCGAAGAUUGGGUUGGUUUGCAGACCUCAGCUGGGUCUUUACACAGCAUAAUCUUCUCUUCCAUUGCUUCCCUUUGUCUCUUGUCUUUCCUCGUUGGUGUUCUUACUGACCCAGGCCGUGUUCCCUCCUCUUAUAUCCCUGAUGUUGAAGAUACUUCUUUUGCCUCAGAUCAAGACCCAAAGAAAAACGUUCUACGAUCAAAGAAUUGUGACAAAUGUGCUGUAUAUAAGCCCCCGAGGACUCAUCAUUGUCGGGUUUGCAAAAGAUGCAUACUAAGGAUGGAUCACCAUUGCCUGUGGAUAAAUAAUUGUGUUGGUUAUUGGAACUAUAAAGCUUUCUUCAAUCUUAUACUUUAUGCGACCAUUGGUAGCAUCCAUGCCACGGCAAUUGUAAUAAACUGUGCACGUCAGAAGGACUGGAAUACCAGUGGAACUACUGCCCUCAAGUUUUUUUAUCUUGCUUGUGGAGCAAUGAUGCUUGUGCUAUCGGUAACACUCGGGACUCUCUUAGGCUGGCAUGUCUACCUUAUAACUCACAAUAUGACAACCAUAGAGUAUUAUGAAGGAAUACGAGCUGCAUGGUUGGCGAAGAAAUCCGGGCUGAGCCAUCGUCAUCCAUUCGAUCUCAGUGUUUACAAAAACAUCGCCUUGGUAUUAGGUCCCAACACGCUGAAAUGGUUUUGUCCAACAUCAACGAGCCAUCUAAAAGAUGGCGUUAGCUUCCCUACUUUGCGCGAUAGUCCGUAGAUGUUUUCCGUUUACACUCUUCUGUUUACACUCUAGUCAUCGACGGAAUGGUCGGAUCGCAUACUCGGUUUCGUCACAUUGUUAUUUUUUUUUUCUUCUCUAUAUUUUAAUUCCAUUUUUAUUGGAAUUUUAUACAUCAAGUUUUGUCACAUAUAUAAA